GGCCGCGCCUGCGCUCUGCCGCCCUCCAUUGUCUCCACGGCGGCGAGGAGCGCCGGCGAGCGCAGCCCGGGACCCGGCGAGGCGGCGCGGCUGGCGGGGCCGUCAGCAGCUGGAGCGAGAGCGCGACGCGACGCGACCGCGGCUUCCCGAGCUCCGCGUGGCCGCCCGGCGCCGCAGCCCGCCCGAGGCCUGGAGGCGUCCGGGCCGCCGUCCAUGGUCGCGGCGUCCUGAGGCGGGGGACGCAGCCGGCGCCCCCAGCCCUCCUUCUCUCCGCCUCCUCCGGUCCGGUCGGCGGCCUCCUCCGGCGCCUCCCCGCGCCCGCCCGCCGCCUCCCUCCCUCCUUCCCUGCGGCUCCCCCGGCUGCCGGGAGCCCGGGGGCGGCCUGUGGCGCGCCGAGCCCGCGCCGGGCUGCGCCUCUUUGGACCUUGAGGGGAAACAUGCGCUUGGCUCGGAUCGUUUUAAAUUCUUAGUUUGGGCUCCCCGACCGCCUGCCGCUCCCGCCCCGCGGGUUUCCUUUUUUCUUUUUCUUUUUUCCCCUCCCGAUCUCCUUUUUGACUCCCUUCCCCUUUAUGCUCGCCCAGCCCUCUCCCCGCCGCUGAGAAGUGGGGGAGGGCCUCGGCCUCCAGGUUCCCGCCCCAUCGGGGCCCGGGCGAGCAUGGGGGGCAAGCAGAGCACGGCGGCCCGGUCCCGGGGGCCCUUCCCGGGGGUCUCCACGGAUGACAGCGCCGUGCCCCCGCCGGGAGGGGCGCCCCACUUUGGGCACUACCGGGCGGGCGGUGGGGCCAUGGGGCUGCGCAGCCGCUCGGUCAGCUCAGUGGCGGGCAUGGGCAUGGACCCCAGCACGGCCGGAGGGGUGCCCUUUGGCCUCUACACCCCCGCCUCUCGUGGGACCGGCGACUCGGAGCGGGCGCCCAGCGGCGGAGGGUCCGCAUCCGACGGAUCCACCUAUGCCCAAGGCAAUGGUUACCAGGAGACCGGCGGCGGUCACCAUAGAGACGGGAUGCUGUACCUAGGCUCCCGAGCCUCGCUGGCGGAUGCUCUACCUCUGCACAUCGCACCCAGGUGGUUCAGCUCGCACAGCGGUUUCAAGUGCCCCAUUUGCUCCAAGUCUGUGGCUUCUGAUGAGAUGGAAAUGCACUUUAUAAUGUGUCUGAGCAAACCUCGCCUCUCCUACAAUGACGACGUGCUGACUAAAGACGCGGGCGAGUGUGUGAUCUGCCUGGAGGAGCUGCUUCAGGGAGACACGAUAGCCAGGCUGCCCUGCCUGUGCAUUUACCACAAAAGCUGCAUAGACUCGUGGUUUGAAGUGAACAGAUCUUGUCCAGAACACCCUGCGGACUGACCCUGCUGGGCUCGCUUGCUGACUCCUCUCAAAGGGCUCCCUGCUUCCCUGGUGACCAUCCUCUCCUGUCCCCUCCAAGUUCUGGGCUGGUACUUUAUUUUACCUGGGAAAUAAACAAAACCCCCAGGGAACCCAAAACCCUGACUCCACCUCUGCUCACAUCCAAAAGUUUAGGGGCCUCUUUCUUUCUCUUGUUUUUUUGUUUUCUUUUGUGUUAGGUUUGUUUUAUUUAUUCCAAGUAAACUUCCAGAACAGCUGAUGAUGGCAGACAAAUCAGGGACAUUUGCUCUUUUUACCUUCACCUGAAAAACUGAGGACAUGGGGAGAAGAAACAGUGAGGGUGAGAGUGAGGCAGAGGGAGUGGAGCCUGGCGCUGGAGUGCGAGUCCGAAUUCCCGGCAUGAUAUUGGCCUUCUCGGGCCCCGGACUGGAACCACAGGCGCCCAGCCCGUCCUCAGCCGGACACACAGGCUGGCUUCAGCCCGGCGGGAGCACGACUUCCGUAUUGUGGUCCACACAGGACAGCCAGCCUAUUCCUGAGAGGAGGCUUCGGACACUGGGGCAGAGCUGAGCUGGGGACACCAGUGGGAACAGGGCACCCUACGCACUGACUUCCAGAGAAUGGUUCUCCCUUUCUCCCUGAGGACACCAAAUUGGAUGAGCCAUGAGUUUGAGAGAAGAAAGAAUCGACCGCCCUCCUUCCCCUCACCCCUCAUCCUAGGAGGGAAAGGGCAUUUUCUUUCUCACCUUUGAAAGGCAUUGUGGGUCUGUCUCUAACGUGUUUACAAAAAAAAAAACCAUAAAAAAAAAAGUUUAGUGUCGACUGGUGUUUUCGCCCGUGAUGUUUACAGAUUGCUGUCUGCUGCCCGGCUAGAACCCACCCAAUGACAAAGGGACAGAGCCAGGUUCAGUGCUGAUGGUGCGAGAGACGCUCGCUCGGUCCUCCUGGCCCAGCGCCCCGUCGGUUCGGCCCUCGCCAUCAACAACCGCCCGGCCUUGGUUUUCUUUGCCCAUUUUCCUGGCUUGGUUUUGCACUUUUCUCCCCUUGGGACCCUGAGAUCUUGACUUCAUUGCCAAAAAAAACAACCCUCGGAAGACCUCCCCCUUCAUUCCUGAUUCUUCUCCCUCCUUUCCUCCUGGUUCUGGUCAGUUCAGAGAACUUCACAAUCACAAGUGUCCUGCAAAAAUGCCUGAACAUUUUUCUUAGGCCCUUGUGGAUUUUUUUUCCUGAAAACUUAAACAAACAGAAGACUUAUUAAAGGAACAUGUACAGCUACCGUUUUCAGGCACUCUGUUUGAGAACAUUUUAGCCAUUGAUGUUCACACGUGGCAUCAGCCCAUGCAAGAUAGGUUUCUGUAUUUAUAUAUUAAAAUACAAAAAAACACCACCCUUAUAAAAUGUUUUAAAAAAUGUUCGAAGUUGGGGGCAAAGCUUUCUUCAUUAGUCAAGAUGUUUUGAUAUGGUAUUAAAAUCAUGUCUAAUAAAAGA